CGCCCCUGGAGCGGACGGACGUGUGUGUUCAAAGGGAAGCAUUGCACCGCGCUCCAACUCGCUUCCACAACAGUGUACCAACACCACGCCCCAGCACGGCCACGGCGGGAACCACAGCUGCGGGAGUCCCGUGCACAGGGGCCUGCAUGUCAACCUGAGAGAGUGUGGAUUAUUCUGCGACGAGAAACAGAAAGUGCAGCGUGUGGUAAAAGUGGGUGGAGGAGAGAUACAAGUAGAGGUGAUAAGUAGUGAACUUAUAGUGGAGAGAGAGCCACGGCAGAGUAGUGGUGACGGCAGUGUGGUGAGUGGUGGUGAUACUACUGACGAGAAACCUACCAAGAAAAAGAGGAAGUUUAUCAUUAUCCUCAAAGGCUUGCUAAGUAAAUCCAAGCGCAGUGAAAAAAAGAAGUGUGUCGAAGGUGAGAGUGGGAGGGCGAGUGUCGGCGGCGGGGAGAGUGAAGCGGUAACUCACACCAACGGUUGGAAUAAUAACAAACGUGACGUUAAGUGUGGCGGCGGUGACGGGAGGGGCGAGGCCAACAGCGGUGCUGGGCGAGAGGCGAGGCGGUGGGGUGGAGACAAGGAGGGACGCGGAGAGACACGCCUCGACGCUGCCCGCAAACAGCAGACUUUUCUAAGCUAUAAUAGGAACACUACUGCCUGUAGCAACGAGGGGAAUUGUGAUCAUCCUAGGACAGGAAAUUUUGACGGAAGCCUCACGAAGUCUUCGUCAAGCAGUGCUAACAGUACUUCCAGGUGCGAGGCCAAUGCUAAUACAAGGAGCGGGGAGCACAGAAGGAGGCUGGGAGAACAGCGCGGCCUGCCUGGGGACACGGGAGCAGCUGACUCUACUCUACCACGCAGCCCUUACCAGCUACUCCCACGUAGAAAACGCGUGGCGGGAAGACACACGUGAGAGAAGGCUGCCCAGCACUGACCCAGAGCAGAGCUUUGCAACUCAAGAAGGGUUGAGGGACGCCUUCAGUGAUGAGUCCCAUGAAGAAUGUCCAGAGCCUCCUCCAGAUACGCAGGUAACACCAUCCUCUGAGCGGAAAGAGCUCAAUCAUCAACAGCACUCCACUACCUUCACCUGUGAGGAUCAGAGUCUUAUCAAUCCCUCCAUCUUCACUGGUGAUAUUUCUGAGCCUUUCCUAGAGAAUUGCGCCCUUGCGAACCAAGAAGGCAUUUCUCAUCCUUCCAGCGAAACCUCAGAGUCAUUUACUGCAGGCAACCAAUGCGAGGAGUAUUCAGCAAUCACAAGUGACCCUCCAGGUGAUAGUGUUUGCCAACAGAGUGAAAACUGCAACCAAAACAUAAAACUUGAGUAUAGUGUUUCGCCUGAGGCAUCGUCUAGCCAAGAGGACGACACACCUGGCCGUAAGGCAGCAACCAGCCCGCAGGGGCCAGACACAAGUCCGGUACAUCCGCUGCUUACCUCGACUGAAGCGGCCUCAGACACCUCGUGUAAAGCAGUCAGAAGGCGUGACUGUGUCUCCUCCACUCUCACCACCCCCCACUACGAUGCUGCUGACACUGUGUUGUAUGAAGAUGAUGAACACAAUAGUGAUGACAGUGAGGGAGAAUGUUCUGGAUCGAGUGUGAGGCUCAGUUGCCUUCCUGCUAUUCUCCCUUACAAGGAAAGGAGUGAGCCUGCGGAAAGCGAUCACAGUGACUCAGAAAGUGAUGAAGACAACAGUGAGUCAGACAGUGACAGCAGUGUUGACUACGACAUUCCUCCAGUCGAUGAGAGAAUUUACGACCCGCAGUUUGAUCCUUACUUCUACCAAGGCGGCAUAGCUCUUGAUGACGUGCCAGACGAUCAGCCAAUAGACUAUCCAUGUCCUUACGACAUCAAUGGUGACUAUCUUGGCCACAGACAAUUCACUCCACAUUUCUCUUACCUGGACCAUUGGAGCGGUUCCGUCGUCACCGCCCCUGGGGAUUUGUACCGCAGCCAGAGCCAGCCCGAAGCUGUCACCCAGGACCAACCACUCGACGGUGACGCCCCGCUACACGUCUUUCUCAGUCAGCCCAUUCCCACCCAAGCCCUUCCCGAUUUCUCCCUCGAGAACAGUCUCUUACGACCAAGGAAACAGGGCCAAUUUAGCUCCCUGUGCAGUUUUGGCGGGUCGCAGUUGUAUACUAUCACCGAGGAGGUUGAGUGCGACGAUACUUAUGACGAUUUGUACUCUAGAAGGAACUACUCCGAGUCUAAUUUGUACUUUAAGGGAGCAGAGGAUCUGCUCCCAGAUUCUCAUUUCAUAAGGGCUGAUCUUUACUACGGAGACACUGACUCUGAUGCUACUGUUCACAGCGAAUCAUCAGACGACCGAGAUUCAACGGAAACACUUGAUCAAGACACACAGUCCUGGGAAAUACUUGAGUCAGACCAACCAUUGCAUACCUCUCAACUAAGACUGGCAGAUUCCAUUGUUCUUGAAGCAGUGGCCGAGAGGGAUUCUUCAGAAGAGUUAGUCGCCGCUGAGAGUGAGCAGAAGCUGGACGGGGACAGCAGGACACGUGAUAAUUCACCACAACCAGAAAAUGAGUGUGCCGCCAUCGAAUAUCCAGAUGAGUUCUUUUUGUUCUGCUCCGAGGCGGAGGUCACCGGGGUGGACGUGAUGGAAAGUGUGGACGUGCUGCCUUACAAUAAUAGUAAACAAGAUUUUACAUACUUCAAAGUAGAAAGUAAAACUACAGAUAGGAACAGUCCUAUCGACCACGACUUCCUUCUGGAGAGUUACAGCUGCAGGACAACAAUGAGUAACAGGGACUCCACAUCCACCACUGGUAUGGGUCUCCGCAAUGCCUGGCAGGCGGGGCUUAACGGCACCCCUGACCCAAGAAAUGGAUCGUCCUCACACGUGUACCAAAACAUUCCUCUUAAUCGCCGCAUUUCAAAGUCUAAUCCAGAUUUGGCUUUAGGUGACGACGAAGUUGAUCAAGGCCGAGUCACGACCCGCCCCAUCUACCAGAACGUGCCAGUACCCGCCAAGAGGUACCACACGCCGGGCAGGGAUUCUAAUAGAGGUCUGGACAACCUACGCUCCCGCGACAGCAACAGUAACUACUAUGAUGACUGGACGCGAGGUUCGGGGCUCCAGGUCACGUCUCCUUACAUGAAUGUGCCUCACAACGGACACGGAAGCGACAACUCACUCUACAACCUGAAUUCCUUCAAGUCCUCAAGUUCAUUGUCGAGCUCCUUGAGUGACGGUCUGGACCGUGUAGUGCCUAAUGGUCACAGUGAGGAACAGCGCUCCAGCUCUGGCUCCCUCUAUGAUGACCAAAGGACCAGCCCAGAUUUGAGAUAUGUUGGCCGUUCCCUUGCCCCGCCCUCGCGCGCCUUCAGGGGAGGCUCAGUGGCCGAGUCGUCGUCGUCCGGCAGCUUCACCGCCUACGCCUCAAACACCAGCCUCGACCACGACACGUUUUCCAAGACCUCCAAGAUUUAUAAAUGGAAUGGUUCUUCCUCUGUGUCAGACCUGACCUCCCUUAGCCGUGACUUGAGUUCCACCUCCUCUGACCUCAGCAGAGGUUCGGCCUCGGCCUGUGACCUGACCCAGGUGGGAGGAGAGGAGGACUGGGGAAAUGAAGCACCUCUCGGUGAAACCAGCUACGCCGCCUGGUGUGCCAGGGUCCAGAACGACGACGGUGACGAUCAGGACUUCGUAACGACGCUGGGCAACCGAGACACCUCGCCCUUCGUCUUCACACCCCAUCAAAAGGCGGCCAAGAGAGCCAUGAUGGAAUUCUGUGUGCACAACUUAUCGAGCGACACAGAUUCUGAUGCCUCCACCUCCUCCACCACCUCCUCCACCUCCUCCUCUGACGACGAUUGCGAAGCUGAUGGACGAUCCUACCAGGUAACAGCCCCAGGGGAGAUUGGACUUGCCACAAUAGAGGAGGACGCGGAAGAGGACUCAGGCGCAGAGAGUUCAGGCCACUGGAUGUUCUCUGCAGACAACACCGAUACGGACUCAGUGAUUCACGUUCCCGCUGCCCUCACGCCCGCCCCCGUGGAGUCCCCUCGCCGCCACCCACCAGAAGACGGAGAGAGCACAGCCAGCGAUGAGACCCUUGUGGUAGAGGACGACGAGGAGGACGAGAAGGGCGUGUGUGGUGGGGACGGUGAGGGGCGGGGCGGGCGGCAGGAAGCGGGCGUGACGGUUGGUAAUAGUCUCGCCAGGACCCCCGCCACCACCCCGGCCGCCGGCGGUCAUUACGACUCUUCCGCCUCUGAGGAUGAACACAGCAGUCAAGGAGCAGAGCGGCCGGCGGGCGGCAGUUCCCUGAGGGUGGUGCAUCGAAGGAGACGUAAACCAGGCGACGGGCGGCCAGCGGGCAGUGGGGCGUCCCUGCAACAAACUAACAUGCUCGGCUCUUCACACUCUACCAGGAUUUUCGAGAAACAUGUUGAAGAUGUGUUUGACUUUGAAAGUCUGGAGAGCUGCGAGAGUGUGUCUGGUGGGAGUGAGGCAAGCUCUCCCGGCCACCUUGGGAGUCUCUCGGGGCUGGAGGAGCCUGACGCAGUGUUCAACAUGUCUGCCACAUCGCAGCCCUUUGCUGACGCUUCUCCUAUAGUGAGGGAUGAAGCCACGAGGAUCACCACUGCAGAAGUGUCAUCUGAAAUAAGUGGUGAACUUGAAGGCAAUGAGGGGAGCAGCGCGCCUUCCCAGUUACUCAGCGAGGAAGCCAGAAAUCUCUCCCUGGCCUCCACUCCCAGCGGAACACCUGCAGGGAGACACGGGGAGGAGAUUGAAGGUGACCUGAAUAACGUGAUCAGCAACUCUGACACGGACUUAGUGUUGCACUCUACAAACAGCGACAGUUCCCAGCCACACGAGAGCUCCUCAGGUCCGCAGAGCAUGGACAUGUUUGGCCUGCCAGUGCGAUGGACGCCUGGACAUGAUCCCCGCCACGCAGCAGCUGACACAGACACAGCGAUAAGAAACAGCGACACAACAAACAUCGAGGCUGAGAAAACCAGCGUGAUGCAAAUGAGGUCAAACAGUGAUACAGAAACUUUCGCUAAUACAACAGCACGUCCUAGUAAUUCUUCCAGCAACCUUGCACACCAUUCGGAAGGACGGAGCACUGACAUAGCUGCGUCACAUGAAGUUGAUCUCCCACCACUACCAGAUGGGGGCCAAGCUGUCUCCACUGAUGAUGUGCAGGUGGGGAGCGCGGUGGAGACGAUGGUGGCGUGCGAGGCCCAGCAACAGGAGGCGGUGAGUGCCGCAGCCUUCACUCCUUACACUACUGGUGAAAACAGUAGUGAAGCCCGUCACUGUCACUCGUCUCACGGCCCUGCACACCACCACCACAUCAGUUUGGCGCCGCUUCCCCAACAGAGCGAAGGUGAGACACUUCUGCUCCCUCCGUCGUGUGCCGCGAACCAAGAUGCCAAUGAAGACGACAUGAGGGACGCUCUACUGCCUCCAUUACCCCAGGGAAACACAGCCACCAAGAGGGCUGUGAGAGGUGUUGUCUCUGAACAGGUGACUCCUGAGGCGCCUGACACCAAACCAGCUGACAUACAUUCCUCCAGGGAAGCCGGAUACAUCUCCUCCAGUCUUAAGUCUCAGCCGUCCCAAACAGUAACCUUUGGAACUGACCUUCCAUCCGGAGAUAGUGACACAGACACUGACAAUACAGACGGUGACUACGACGAGGAGGAUCACUUCGCAGCCGAACUCAGCCUCCGCAUCUCCAGCAUGCCUGCCGCCUCAGCAACAAAAGUUAAAUCAUUCAGGAGUUCGGACAUUCUGAAUCUAAUUGGUCUUGAAAGAGGCGGGGCGGGGCCUCGAGAAGUUGGAGGGGUCUCGGAUGACGUCUCCCCGCCGGCCAGUCAGGCGGGCAGCUCACCCGAGGUGCCAGAUUCACUGAGGUCCAGUGAAGGUCGCAGUGCCACACGCUCUGUGGAGACGCUCAGUGAGGACAGUGGACUUGGUGACCGUGACGUGCGACUCACUCCUUCCUCACCCCUCGCGCCCAUUUCUGAGGCUGUCCCAAGCCAGGCUCCUACACCAUCCGACGCCCCUGUCAGUUCCCGUCCCAGACGUCAGGACGUUCGUCAAGCACGCAUCGCUCGAGCACGCUCCCUUGGUGAUCUGCGCAGCUACUCUGAUUCUGACAGUGAGGAGGAAGAAGGUGCCAUGUACAGGUGGCCGCCACACCCAGCCGCCCACCAACUGAAUGAAGGUAUGAACGGCAGUUCUUUCAGCUACAGAACGCAACAGCGCCCUUACAAACCAAGCUACACAAAUUAUCUUCAGCAGCAGCAACAACAGAGGUGCGGAGUCGACACAACCUCCCGCUUUCCUCCUCGGCCACUUCCGUUUUCUGGCUCAGAGGGAAGCGAUGAAGAACUCAGGUCACGUUUCACGAACCACAGAGUCACUUCCCCAGGACACUCAAAACCUCGUAGACAUAAAAGUUUUCACGAGGCGUCCAGGCAAGAUUCCACCUGCUGGCCCGCCGCAGAAGUAGGUAAAGGAACUUGGGCGACACCACACGGAGCUCCUCGCCACGGGAGACGGCGCCCGCAGCCCAUCAGCGUGGAUCUGGCUGAGCAGUUCCUCAGUCAAGAGGGCCUGAAAUCUCCCCAACGUAAACAAACGGUCGAGAACCCUUACGGUGCUGCGGGUGAGGGUCGUGGAGAGGAAUGGAGGAUGCAGCAUCCGCCCUCUCUUCCGGGCACUGGAGGCGUGGCCUAUCAGGCGGCCCGCGCCGCACCAACCAAUCAGAAGCCACCUUGUGAGGCGAGUACCAACGGUGUGUGUGUGGGCUCUGUAGGGUCAGGGAGCGAGCAGUGUCCGCCAGCAUCUUCUCUGACGCAGGAGUUGACGGUGCUCCGCGCCUGGCCCGCCGCCCAGGCCGCCCCGUCACUCCUCGCCACGCCGUCCCGCCCGGCCCCCGCCCCGCCCAGCACCCAACCCCCAGUCUCUGCUCCACUCCCUCACCAAUAUAGCUCUACGCCCGCACAGUUGCCCAAUGAGUGCCAGCCUGUACACACGGGGCGGAGGAGCAGCAGCCCAACUCAUGACCCGCCCGGCACCACUGACACUGAGUUGCGUGCCGCGAGUGAUCUUAACGAACAGUGCCUGCCGAGAGGGACUGGUGUCAGCCCCGCCACACCUGACGGUGUAACCACAGAGAUGGCGGAGGGGGCGAUGAGGGUGCACACCAAGACUUAUGGUUCGCAUGGGGAGGUGGAGGUGUAUCUCGCGAAAUGUGACAACGGGUGUCGUCCUCCCAACACUUCCCCGGUCCUCACUCCCAGGGGCGGUGCCGAACACAGACCAGGGUCGAGAGGCGUCACUUUCUCACCCUCAGUGAAAGAAAUAAACUGGCGUGAGAGUUACUAUGAGGCUGAGCCAGAGGGUGAGGGUUCAGGGAGCGACGUGAGGAAGGUUUUGGUGGUGACGUCAGAGAGCCCAACCCCUCAACGUGUGGACCUCACCCCCUCCCCACCUCCCUCUCAUGUGCCCACGAUCCAUUCACAGGAUGAAAACAACACACCUGAGAGCAGCCCUGCUCCAACCUGUGGCCUCCCACAUGACAGUGAUAAGAGUAACGGCCGUGUAUUACAGGCACCCGCUGGGUCUUCCUCUGACGCAGAGAUGAGCGAGGACAAGUCACCUAAAGUUCAGACGCCACUAUGGCAGAGAUUUAAACUGCCUAAAAUUUCUUCACCAAAGUCCCCGCGGCCUAAAAUUCCUCCCAAGCCACAGUCGCUUUCCUCACGCUCAUCAGACACGGAAAGCUCUAAAUUGUCAAGCCCUGGCAUGGACAGCAGCUCCUCCACGCCAUCCUCGCCCGACACAAAGGUCAAGAAGGCACCUUCCAGCCCGAGGUUCUUCUCGUGGGGCAGCAAGCGGGAAAAGAAAGUGCGGGUGCUUCCUCCCCGGCCUUUAGUCUCCCCUCCACCACCCCCGGCUCAAGUGAAUGCCGGGCAGAGGGGGGAGGUGACAGGGGAUCAGGGUGGGGUUAAAGGUGAACCGGAUCCUGCCACAGCAGUGUCUCCCGCGGCGCUGCCCCGCGAGGACAGAGCUGGUGUUUCAGACAACAGUAGUGAGCCUGUGAGGCAGGAAGCAAAACGUGUGUCGGCUCCCGCCCGCGAGGAGCGAGUGACCAGGUCUCCUGUAAGGCUCGUGAGCGCUGACAAGCUUCUCAUCACCGAUAGUGAUGGCUUGAGUCACGGGUCGGGCAGGAGCCCUUUGACCUCGGCCACGUCUGGUGAAGACAGCUCAGACGCCGGCCAGCAGCACAGUCCUCGCUCUGCCCUAUCCAAACCGCCUCUCCCUCCGCACUUGCAGCGUCCUAACCAGCAGGUGUUCCACAAGGCUCGGCUCCUCAGUGCCCGCCGUCAGUACUUCUCACAGGAGCGACAGGUGUCAGCUCCUGAGCGUUCCUCUCCGCCCAAGGAGCUCCCGCCUCCUCUCCAAGCACACAAGCCACGUGAGACACCACAGCACAUCGUCGCCUCCCGAUACAAUUCUACUUUUGACGCCUCCAGCAAUCUGAAGGAGAGGUUCGAAAGGUUCUCUGCCAGUGCCCGAGCGGAACGUGAACGACUUGCCCGGAGCACGCCUGACCUGAGUGUAAUCGAGGCGAGUGUGCGCCGGCAAGGGCCACGUAUUGAUCUCUGGAGCCAGAGUGAGCGGCAGCAGCAGCAGGCUGAGUCCCACCCCGCUAGUCCAGCCUCGGCCAGUGAUGGUGACGCAGCACGCCCCGAUCUCGCCCACCGCGGGGCCUCCAGCACCCACCAGAAGGCCAGGGCAGCUAUCCACGAGCGCUACAAGAACCGGGCGCAGCGCAUUCACGCUCGUGCCCGCAGUCAGAACUCGGGCGUAUUAGAGACCGACUUGGACACUGGAGCGUCUCGGGAAGUGCUCACGCUACGAGAGACCAACUUGGACGACCUGUACAGGGAUCUGCAGCACCUCCUGGAGAGUAUCCCGCCCGUCGGCGCAGCCCCUCCACAGGCAGACAAAGCCCGUGCUAAGUCUCUGCUGGACCUGGAGGCCACCGCCACCAUGGAGGCCCAGCUGGAUACCCCAGCCCGCCCACCCGAUACCCGUGCCAAGAGCAUGGAGUUCCUUCUCGACGACGGAAACAAGGCCUCCAUUCAGCCUCCAGAGAACGAGCUGAUGAAGGGAUCGGAGAGGCAGCUGUCGGAGGCUGAGCUGCGGGUGCGUCGCUCCCUGCAACGGCUGGACGUUCCUGAAUGGAUGAAGAACGCGCCGCCCCCCCAACAGGGCUUCCUUCUCCGUCGCCGGGAAUAUGGGUCCAGCAGCGCGCCUGCUGGCGGCUGGUCGGCGUACUCCUCCAAGACUGCGUCCAUGACCUCUUUGGGGUCGUCUCGCGCUGUCACACCUAAUACGCCCACCAAAGUGGUCAUCCCCACCCGCGUGGCCAGCAGAGGCGUGGGAGGGGUCGGGGGCAUAACGUCCCCGGCUUCCAAUUGUUCAAUCUCCCCGUCGCCUAGUGACCGUAGCGGUUCCCUCUUCCAGUACCCCAUAUCACGGUGGUCCACGUCGCGGCUCAACUCGGGAACCACCACACCCACUGGGUCUGUGACAUCCUCUAGGACCACCGCCACCUACACUCGUCAGCCCUACCUCGGCUGGCGCUCACAGACUUCACUCGCCAACCUGGCCGGAUCACAGUCCUCCCUAACCAGUACGGGCUCCUAUCUCACUGCGGCGGACAGAUUGGCUCUUGGCAUCACCGCCUACAGCCAAAGGUUCGUGAAGCCCACACCAAGCACACAGGACAAGGAAAACUCUUCCUCAGAAGCCAACGCCGCGGCCCCUAAAUCCGAAAAUCUUGAGCAGAACGACACCGGCAGCACAAACGGCAGCAUUAAGCUGCAGGUUCCCACCGAUGUGGCUGACGUUCACUCCUCCAUCAAGGAAGUCACUUCGGCCAUCGUGCAUUACUGCAACGAGUCCACGCCCUCUCCACGAGCGUCGCCGAGAGGGUCUCCGCGCCCCGACGGUCGGGCGCCCUCCCCCAGGCGCCUCGUAUGGGUCGAGAGCUCUUUCGUUGGUUCUCGGCCGAUUACCUCGCCAGAGACACCAACCAGUUCCACGCACGCCAUCACGCCCACCUCACAGCUCAAUGGCCACGACCUUCCGGAGUCCGGUGAGGUCCCCUCCCGGCCGCCUCAGCCCCCGGAGGUGGUUAGUCUGGUGAACAGCCUAAGCAGCGCAUGCAGCAGCCUCAGGGACAGCAGCAGAGACAGCACAGCAGCCAGCACCAACGAUAGCACAGCAGUCAUCGUGGACAGUAGCCUGGGCGGUGACAGCAGCCGAGCAGACAGUAGACACAGCUUCUCUGACAGCGGGCAGAGCACAGUUGAUCGUAGCACAGUGGACAGCAGACACAGCACGGCGGACACAGUGAAUAGCGGACUCAGUAGUCGGAACAUUGACAGUCUAAAUAGCAGAAGCAGUGUGCUGAGCAGUAGAAGUAGCGGUGAGUGCAGCAGCAGAGGAAGCGUGGGCAGUAGCAGCAGAAGUAGCAGCAGUAGGGCAGGAGGCAGUAGGGACGAUAUUGAGGCCUCACCGGGCAGCGGAGAGGCGGACGACCUGGCAGGCCGCCCCUCUGUCGGGAUGUUCGAAGACGAUCUCCCAGUCUCGGUUUCUGCGUCAUCCACAUUAGUGGUUCGGCCUGCCCUCCACCCCUCUGCCCCCCGCUCUUCUCCUGUUGUACUCUCUACCUUUCAAGGAAGCAACAACGAGGUUUUCCAGUUCGGUACAGCCACCCCUGAGGAGUCAAGGAGGUCCAGCGAGGUGUCGGGUGGAGCCACGGAAGGCAUGUGCAGGGAGAGGCACACGGCGGCUUACGGUGAGACUGUGGGCUACGACGAGCUUUUCAAGUCAGAGGAAAGCGGUGAUGAACUCUUUACGGAUAACUACGGAGCCGCAGAACCCGAUCCUCACGGCCUAGGACCGGACAGCACUACCCUAGAGGACGUACUAGACUCUCUUCUAGCACUGCCCUCCGCCUCCAGGUCUCCAAGCCCCGUCUGCGGCCAUCAUCCCCUGGGGCGGCCCUUCAGCCAUCCGGGAUAUACUAAGAGCAAUCAGGAGAAAGACAAUACCCUACCAUCGUCACCUCAGAGCCUGGACUGUCCCCCCAAGCACCAAGACGAUCAUUACGGCAACCUCCGUAACCACAACCUCCCAACCGACUGCAAGCCAGAUGGUUACCACAAGUCGUUCAGCUACAGCUCGAGCAGCGGCGACAGCAGUUUUCAGCAGCAACAACAACAGGCGGGGGCUCGUCCUCUCCUCCACCAGCAGCAUCCCCCGCCCCCGCCAGAGGGAUCCCCCGUGUCCUUCUUCCUGGCGCGGGACGAAGGUGAACCUCACAGUGAGCCGCCCACCACCACCACUACCAUCACCACGCACACUUCCUCACGCGCCCGCACUGCGCACGCGCAAUCGCACGUGCACGUGGACUCAAGCGGCAGGGCGCCCACGACACGGCGGCUGGACACGCUGGAGGCGCAGAGCCCGGAGGGCACCUUCACUGCCCGCCAGGUGACGGAGGCCGACCCCAGCACGGGCGUCUUGCUGCACCAGUCUACUGCUGUAGUGACACAUCCGCACUCGCACGCCUAUUCUCCUGCCCACACCAACCUCUCACAGAAUGCUCAUAUCUCCCCAACGCACCAUUCACACCUUUCUUCUCACAUGAGCGACUCACUUACUGGUUACAAAAAUCUACAGUCGAGUUCCUCACACAACAUUGUUUCUCCCACGCCCCCGUCUUACACCACACCAACCACUGCUACCCGUCACGUCAACACUACCUUUACUCACUCAACCCACUCUACUCUCCCCAACUGCGUCAUCACUACCAGUCCUGUGUCUGUUAAUUCUCACCACACUGCUCUCCCUCAGUCAUACUCCCGCUCUGCUCCCUCUGACACCCGCACCAGCCAUCUCCCGGCCUCCUCCCCACGGGCAGGGACUUCCCCUGGUCACACAACCCGCUCCAACCUCCACAAAGGGCACCAUCAGCCUCACGUUCCUGGCCACUUUGUUCCCGACAGCCAAGGCUCCGGCCAAGUCAAUCAGCUGGGCGCCUCACCUCCCAAGCGGUCGUCGCAGGAAGUGGUUCCAGCGAGUCCGGCUGACCCCUUGACAGAGGCUCUCAUGCUCAGCGGGGUGAUCGCGGCAGUCCCUUCCAUCGUUGAACGACAGCCACCGCCACCACCACCAGCAGGGCCACGCGUCACCUUUCACCUGCCGCCUCGUCACAUGAACAUUCCACCAGACUCUUCCUCUGAGAAUGGCAACGGCAACGAAAACGUAAGAGUUGACGCUGAUGACGAUUCCACCAGCUCGAACAUCGUGAAGUGCCGCAAUCCCAGCUGCGGUCUGAUAGCAGAGACAGACGAGGCCCGUAGCACAUUCAAAACGUGUCACAAUUGUUCCACAUUCUACUGUUCUCGUGCGUGCCGCCGACAGCACUGGGAGCGACAUAAAAAGCAAUGCAAGAGGAUAAGUUCCCUGGCGGUGGCUAAGCAGGUAGUGGCGCGAGUGAGGGAGGACGAGGCAGUGCUGGAGAAAGUCAGCGCCGCGGCCAGACGGGGCAUCCGCGCCCUUGGUCGUGGAACCGUUAAGAUAUUCUUCCACGACAUCAAGGGUGCGGAGACUUUCGUAGGAGGCGGGGAGCUGCCAGAGACGCACUACAUGACCAUCCAGAAUCUGCUGCCUCAGGAAACGGGCCCCGAGGUAUAUAAGCAAAUAACGGAGCUCUGUAAACACUAUAACGUGGAGUACAAGUUGGUGUUGUACGUCAGUAUUUGUAUCAUGAAUGAAAUACCUACAGGCUCGUCGCCCAAAUGGGAGCGUGAGAUGGUGUCUCACUGUGCCAAACUACGGCUUACUGGCGGCACAAGUGGCAGUGACACUUGGAGCCCACGUCCAGAGCGCCAUGUUAUCACGCGGGACAUGGACGAACCAGAAACUAUGAUCUUGACGUCAGCGCCAAUCCCGGAGUCCAAUACGUCUCCACAGGCGGCGAGACACAUCGCCUUCAAUAACAUCGUGCGUCACCUCCGUGAGAAGGGCAUCAGCCUCCGCCACCAAUACCCUGACGUCCACAAGAAGCUGACGGCGUACGUGGAGCUGGGCGAGGUGUUCCCGCCGCUCACCAUCUACCCGCGAGACGUCACCACGGGCUCCACCUUCAUGUGCAUUAUCAUGCCCGAAACAGACCACGCGAAACUCCAGCUCCUCAGCAACGACGCCUCCAAGGUCCGAACCAUCGAUAUCUCCCGACCCCACCCGCCCGCCUGACAUCCGAUCCCAUGACCCAAGCCUCCCCCUAAGCCAUAUCCAUCUCAGAGGGACACUUAAUCGCCACCACUAUUUAUGAUAAGUGAACGCCACGGCACUUUCCUCUUGAUCCCAUGUGUGCCCUGAGUCAGGCCUGUGAUAACCCAGUUGCUGGUGGCUACGCUACAUAUCGGCCUUAGACAUGCAGCCCGGCCAGAGGUGGGCCAGGCGGGCCGGGAUCGCGUCCCUCACGUCCACCUGUUGGUUGUUAUUGCCCCUGCGACCUAAGGUUAUAGGAUACGUGUCUUCCUACGGUGUAUCUCCUUCUCUGUCUCGUCAUAUCGAACCUCUUCCAUGCAGGAUAAAUCACCAUACUCACUCUAGAGGAACACACUGGGAUCGGAUUCUUAAGCUAUAAGCGAAACGGACAGCUGGGGGCGGCGCGGCCAGCCUGGGGCCCCUCACUCUUCUGCCACGCGGGCGGGUGUGUGAAUCUUUGGUUAUUUUCUUAAUUUGCUUAGAGUACUGGUGACUGUAGAGUAAGUGUACCAAAUGCAUUAUUUUAGUAACUAGCGCAAAUGGUGACUGGCGCUGGCCAUGUGCAGGACACAAGCGCUGCUGAAUCAAACAAGAGAGGAUUCAUGCCUUGGAAAACCCGUUCGUUCUUUUGUUAGUAAUAUUGUUAAUGUUGUAUGUGUGCAUGACAAAGAGAGAGAGAGAGAGAGAGAGAGAGAGAGAGAGAGAGAGAGAGAGAGAGAGAGAGAGAGAGAGAGAGAGAGAGAGAGAGAGAGAGAGAGAGAGAGAGAGAGAGAGAGAGAGAGAGAGAGAGAGAGAGAGAGAGAGAGAGAGAGAGAGAGAGAGAGAGAGAGAGAGUGUUCUAUGAUAUAUUUGUAAAAAAAAAACUUUCAAUUUGUUUUCUCCAGCUUUGAAGGUCUAGACGUUUUCAAGGUGCUGAAUAAGACCAGGCAAAAUAAUGUUAAAGUUUGUUACGAAACGUUCUAUCCUUUGAGUAUGUGAGAGACUGUGUGUGUGUGUGUGUGUGUGUGUGUGUGUGUGUGUGUGUGUGUGUGUGUGUGUGUGUGUGUGUGUGUAAAUAAUUUCGUAUACGUGUUUAUAUAAUCAGAGUGCAUAUACUAAAAACAUAUGCACGUUCAUAUCAAUUUAUGUGUGUAGAAAUGAGCGUGUUUCCAUGCGCAUUACUGUCCUCCUACCAAAACUCCCCAAAAAUCUUCCCCCACUAGAGGCAAGGGUAUUCAUAUCCCCUCCCCAAUACCCAAUCCUUCCUUACUUCACCCUUUCCUCCUUCUCCCAUCUUUAUCACCCUGAAAUUUUUGGGGGAUGUUUUUGGGAAGGUAAAGGACAAAAGUGAACCUCCAUCUUAGUUUUCGUUGUUCUUUUGAAAGUUUAAGCGAACAGAGAUCUAUAAAUGUGAUGGAUUUGUUGUCGUCUAUAUUUUCAUAGAAUCGAUAGGUAUAAUAAAAGAAAAAAAAACCUACUAUAAAUACUAUAUAUAUGUAAAUGUGACUUUGCAUCAUCAUCGCUGUGUUGACUGAUAAAAUAAAUAAUGAAGUGCCUGAUACACAUCCCACAGAGUGCUCCGUGUGGUGAUAGCCCGGAGCUGACGUGGGCCAGAAUGUGGUGAAGGAGACGCUAUUCUUCCCCCUGUCUGGUGCACCUCAUCCUACCUUACCCUACCUCCUCAUUCUUUCCUUCCUCCUUAUCUUAGUACCUAUCCUCCUCUCAAUAAUACAAUUUCAAUUUUUUUAUCCCCCUCCUCUUCUAAUAUUGUCUUCUCUUUUUGUUAUUCUUCUUAUAUCAAUUUUUAUUCUUUUAUAUUUCUUAUUCAUAAACCAUUCUUCUUUUAAUCUUAGUACGCAUCGUUCUCUCAUUAAUAUAAACUUCAUCAUUGUGUUUUCAUAUCUUCUUCCUCUUUCUAAUAUUGUCUUGUCUAUUCGUCAUUUUUCUUCUAUCAUUUUUUAUUCGUCUAUAUUUCCUAUUCAUUCACUAGAUACAUUUUCUUUAAUUCAUCGUUCUUAUUACACACUUCCAUUUCCUUUUAGUUUUUCUUCUAACAUAUUUCCUCUUCUUGUUUAGGUCUUAUCCUCGUCUCCUUCCUCUUUCUCCUCAUGCAUGGUUUCCCUUAUUUUUAUCCUUCUUUAUUUUCUAUUUCCCUUAUUCUUGAUUGUUUACCCUCCUCCACCACCUCCCGUUCCUCCUCACCCCCUCAUCCUCAUCCCGUUAACAGAUUUAUCACAUCAUCGGCCUUAAGGUUCCCUGAUGAAACUUUCAGGUUCUCAGAUAUUAACUAGUAAAAGGAAAAAAAAAAUAAUAACGUUCGUGUUCUCUCGUUACGAAGUGUACAUGUGUGCGUGUGCAUGUGUUGAGUGUUUCCAAGGACAAUCUCUCCUUUUUCGCUCCUCAUCAAGAUCCCCCACGUGUGGACCUAACAUGAGGACUUGUCAGGUGUUACGCAAAGACACCCUUGGGAUUCGCUACGAGAGGUAAUGAAGUCAGAUAUGUGAUAAGUCAAGCCAAUCCGCGAGGCUGGUAUCUCUAUUUGGUAUUCAUGGCCACUGUUGGGAAGCUUCAUUCUACCCUUGUUUCCUCCGCUUAGUACAGCUUCCAAGGCCUGAGGGAGAAUGUGUGGGUUACAGGUGAAGACUAAGACGGACACAAGAGCUCCUACGCUUAAUUCACUCAUCAUUACUAGCUGCUCUUAUCACGUGAUCGGUUUAUUUAGCUUCUGCCUUCAGUCCUAAACCAGUGACACCGUGGAUGUUUCUUUUCAUCGUUUAAAAAGAAAACGAGAAAACAGUGGUGAAGAGUGUAUCGUGUGUGCGUGUGUGUGUGUGACAAAAAAAGAAAAAUAAAUAAAUAAAAAUAUAUGUAAAAACCUCAAGUUCAUUGUUUUCCAAGUGACUAAGGUAAGGACAGGUGUGUGGCCGCUCAGGUAGAUACUUUGGAAAGUGGACAAGGUCAAGGUGAGGGUCACUAUGCAAAGGGGCGUGGGUAUGUCCGUGGGUGUGUUUUUGUGGGAACACCUGUGGAUCCAGAGGCGAUGGAGGGUGUCGCAGCCUGACUCUAACACUUCCAACCGACAACAACAACUACUACUACUACUAUUACUACUACUACUACUAUUACUACUACUACUACUACUACUACUACUACUACUACUACUACUACUUCUACUACUACUACUGUUAUUACUACUACUACUACUACUACUACUACUACUACUACACGUAAACGAGCACAACAGUCGCCACUCUUCACACCAAUAACCUCCAGCAUUCAGGGUCAGGUCACAGCUCUGGUCGGCUGCCACACGCUCCAGAACCUCUACAUUGACUAGAAAGUAACCAAUCACGACGCUCUCUCAACAAUUCAACAAAGGAAAAUUUCGAUAAAAAAUGUAACAAUGUCUUAUUUCCGCAUAUUGAAAUCCAUCCUUGUGUUGUUAUCUCGAUCAAUAUUUCGACAUUUACGGAGCUUUUUUGUCACAUGCAACGUUAUCUUUUUGGCUGCUAUUUCAUUCAGUACAUAUAUAGUAAUAAUAAUAAUAAUAAUGAUAAUAAUAAUAAUAAUAAUAAUAUUAAUAAUGCUACCAAUAAUACUAAUACUAAUAAUGAUAUAGUAAUAAUAAAUAUAAAUAAAAAAAAAUCCAUUCGUACGUCAAUACAUAUUAUGCAUACAUGAAUACAAACCUACAAGUUGAUGCCUUUACUCCCCCACUUGGACAAUAAGAGGCUGAGCUCGACGCUACCCGGCUCAGGCCAACACUUCCUGUACCUUCAAUAAACAGUUAAAAGUGGAAAAAUC